CAGUUACUAUGGCGAGCACACGUUCUCAUUAUCUUAACUUUAGUCUUGCGUAGGUUAUUUCCUCUUUUAUUCUCUCUCUCUCUCUCUCGCCAUUUGUUUCACUUUUUUCUGCAAACUAGUCAAAUCAAAACAACCUCUCUUUUGGUCUCUCAACCCUUUUUCUCCUUCAUCACUCUCUUCAACAACACUUUCAAUCCCUAAAAACCUUCCUUCUUUUUCUCUCCUUUUCAACUCCUAUGCUUUUUCUGGACCUCGAUGUUCUGAACCAUUUCUGGUGUUGCUGUUGACGAUAUAUAACUUUUCGGAGAAAUAUCUACCAGAAACUUUCUAGGUGGUGAUAAUAAAAUGCAGUUAUAUCAUCAUCCAUUUGAUUUGGACAGCCAGAAGGUGAGACUUGCAUUAGAAGAAAAGGGCAUUGAUUAUACAUCUUUCCAUGCCAAUCCUGUAACUGGCAAGAACUUGGAUUCGACGCUCUUCCAGAUGAAUCCCAGUGGAAGCCUACCUGUUUUCCAAAAUGGAUCUCACAUCAUUUACAAGACUAUUGAUAUCAUUCAGUACAUAGAAAGAAUUGCUGUGGUCUCCACAGGGUCUGAGGAUAUCAGUAGCAAUAGGAAGGAAGUGAUUGAAUGGAUGCAGAAGAUACAAGAAUGGAAUCCUAAAUAUUUUUCCCUUUCCCAUAUACCAGACAAACACUUAGUUUACGUUUCCAAGUUCAUAAGGCGUGUGGUGAUAGCUCGUAUGUCGGAGUCCCCUGAAUUAGCAGGUGCUUAUCAUAGGAAGUUAAGAGAAGCCUAUCAAACUGACGAAAAAUUGAAAGACCCUGAUGUUUUGAGAAGGAGCGAGCAGCAUUUGGUUAGACUGCUUGACGAAGCCGAAACACAACUGAGCGAAACACCUUAUUUGGCAGGUGAAGAGUUUACCAUGGCCGAUGUGAUGCUCAUUCCGGUUCUGGCUCGUUUAAAACUCCUGGAUUUAGAGAAUGAGUACAUAACUGGGAGGCCAAACAUUGCUGAGUAUUGGAUUUUGGUUCAGCAGAGGCCUAGUUAUAAAAAGGUGAUUGGUAAGCAUUUUGAUGGUUGGAGAAAGCAUAAAACAUUGUUCAAAACUUGGUGCUUUGUUCGUAUUAGAAGUUUGCUUAAGCGGUACUAGUGAGGUUGUUAAAAAACGGUUGAACAGGUCAAUGCAUCAAAGAACUUUUUCUGUGUUGUAGAUAAGGAAGGUUUCUAAGAAACCAUUAGGUAUCUUUUUAUUUUUCUUGAAAUAGAAGGGGGAUUCAUUUUUCUUUCUCCCUUACUCUUUGGUGAUGUGAGGUGUACUGAAACAAUCUACUGUUGCAUUCUCCUUUAUUGUCAAAAGAAAAGAGGCAAAAAUUUGUGUGUA